AGAAUAUAUAGCUCUGGCCUUCGCACUCCGCUUCAUGGCAAAAAGAGGGAUCCACGAGGAUUCACCCACAAGCAAAAGAGACAACGCGUUCCAGCUUUACAGGAAACCCCGGAUCUUGCGAACGGAGGUUCCACGACUAGACCACUCUAACGAGAGGAAUGCCUCAGCUGUCCCCGUCAAACAGUGCCCAGGGAAUGACAGGCUCUGCUGCUCGGGGAAGGUGCUGAGAGGCAGGUGCCUGGUACCUUGAAGAUACUGCAAGUUUAAAGAAUGUAGUGAUCACGAAGAACAAGAGAUGCACGCACGCACGGAUAGUCCUUUUAAAUUACUGUCUUCCUACUGUUGGAAACGGACUUGACUGUAACGGGUUGCGCAAAGUCGGACGUUGGAAGGUGGUUUGAGGUUCACGACACAUGACGCCAACGUCUACGUUGACAUUGACUUACCUCGAGCUCUCAUUUGGGCCAUGGGACACAUCGGUGCAAUCGUAGAGUGUUUCAGCGAUACCAUGAAUCAGCUUCCCAGUAUCAUCGUCAUUCGCAUCCGUUGUUUCGCCUCGGACAAUAUCUCCACUGAACACCGAAGGCCUCGGUCUCUGAGCGAGCUGCCAAGUCCGUCGGCCAACGGCAUCGCGUGGCUCGGACUUCUUGUGUAAAACUCGGACUCGGGACGCAACAUCCUACGGACCGUUGGACAAUUAGCGGUUGGUGGCAUCAGGAUCGGACAUCUCGAAAUUUCGGACUCGAACUUUAUCGUUCUGCCCGAACACCUACGGAUGCGCAAGUGCACAACAUCCGUAGUGCAGAAGACGGGUAUGACUGGCCGUUUGCUAUUGGAGAGCGCAUUGGAAGACCUUAGGGACUCGGGCAAUGGUUUAUCAUUGCACCCGAGCUCUCUGCAUCAGUGUUCCUUUGUUGCGUGUAAGGCGCAGGCCCUCUCGAGCAAUUGUUGGAUGACAUGUUGACCGCGUAUCGAUCGGGCGUCGGAUGAGAUUGUAAUUCCACAGGCAUGGGAUCGAAAACCCGAGGCGCGAAUCUCACGUACUUCAAAUACGAAGCUCGUUCAAUGGGAAGCGGUGUUUGAGGCGGAGCGGCAUGCACUCAGUUGUGAUGUUCUCACGGGCUCCGGAGUCCGAUGCGCGCGAAUGUGCAACAUCUUGGCCACCCCGACUGCGAAUCUAAGCCUGGUUUCGGGCUCUGCAUAAGACAAGUCCGCUGCAUGUAUCAGGCCAUCUCGGGACUCGCAAGUAUAGUAUUGUGUCGGGUCGGAGGGCUUCGUGGAACUGGGUGCGAGCCGAUCAGAGCAUCUUGUCGGGUAGAAAUCGGUCGCGAUCGCGGUUUCGUCUAUAUGCUAGGCUCUGCGAGCUUGAAGGAGGCUCGAGCGAAGAGCGCGAUGUUGGUAGUCAUUUCCGCAAGCACAUUACAAUCGGGCUCGGGAGGAUGGUUUCGUUGGAGGGCAGAUACUGUCGCAGGUAAGGGGAAGGGAUCCUGGGUUUCCGAGGUCAGUGAUAAAGCCACAAGCAUAAAGACUUCAGCAUUGCGCUGUCAUGUCGAGAUCAAGUGGAGUCGGCAACCUGACACGCUCCUCUUCCUUCUUACGGUCGCGUUGUGUCUGCGGAAGCAGGGUCACUGGAAGAGUAAGACAUACCGAAGAUAUGGAGGUAGAUAGAUAGCCGUUAUAUCUCGGAUUGUACUUGUUGCAGCACUUGCGCGCAGUCAGUCA